CAUAUGUAACAAUCUAAGUCAUAUGACCGUCACGUGUUUGUAACAUUUUAUUGUCCGGUCACAAAGGUGUCAUGUGAACAUUUAAAUCUUAAUUAGCAUAUAAAGGCCUUAGAUUUGUGAAAUCUUCACUUCGGAAGUACAGCUCAUUAAACCAAAGAUGCUCCGUGUUACAGUUGCAGUGUGCGUUAUUGCUGCCGUAUUUGCAGCCCCAUUUGACAAGGCCCUUGACAGCGAAUGGGAGGCAUUUAAGGUGGCACAUAAGAAGAACUAUGUCUCAAAAGAGGAGGAAUCAUUGAGACGUCUGUUGUGGGAGGACAAUUUACAGUAUGUACAGACACACAAUCUGCAGGCAGACAGAGGUGUACACACAUUCUGGCUCGGCAUGAAUGAGUACGCUGAUAUGGGUAUCAAAGAAUUUGUUGCUGUAAUGAACGGUUACAAGCACAACGCUACAGCCGUGUCACGAUGUGGACAUUACAUGACCCCUAACAACGUUGAACUUACCGAUCUGCCAGAUUCUGUUGACUGGAGAGAUAAGGGCUAUGUAACACCAAUCAAAAAUCAGGGACAAUGUGGAUCAUGCUGGUCUUUCUCAACCACAGGAUCACUGGAAGGACAACAUUUCAGGAAAACACAAAAUCUCGUAUCUCUCUCUGAGAAAAAUCUCAUGGACUGUUCUCAAAAAGAAGGUAACCAUGGUUGCCAGGGAGGUUUAAUGGACCAAGCUUUUGAGUAUGUUAUCAAGAAUGACGGUAUUGACACUGAAAAAUCUUACCCAUAUGAGCCCAGAAACGGAUUCUGUAGAUUCAAGCGUGACGAUGUUGGUGCCACUGAAGUUAGCUGUAUGGACAUUGAACACGAGAGCGAGACAGACUUACAGAAAGCUGUUGCUACGGAAGGCCCAAUCUCAGUUGCUAUUGACGCUGGACACAAAUCUUUCCAACUUUACAGGAGUGGUGUUUACAAGGAACCUGCUUGCAGCAGUACAAGACUGGACCAUGGGGUUCUAGCUGUAGGGUACGGUAGUGAGUCUGGACAGGAUUACUGGCUGGUUAAAAACAGCUGGGGAACCAGUUGGGGAGAUAGAGGAUACGUAAUGAUGGCAAGAAAUGACAAAAAUAUGUGCGGUAUUGCCACUCAGGCUUCUUUUCCCACUGUGUAAAUCAUAACCUGCACGUAAAUAUCGUGCGCAACAUGAUCAUCAAUAGAACAAUGAGAUUCAAAGACAUUCACUUCCUAAUGCUGUGAUAAAUUUUGUUGUUAGAGUUAAUAAAAUGAUAAUAUUGUGAAUAUAG